ACAGCGGACCCGGUGGUGCAGAUCGAGGGCAACCCCCAUUGCUGCUUCUUCAACUUCAGCCCCAAGAUCAUGUUCACCAAGGUGGUGAAGGCGCAGCUGUGGGUGUACCUGCGGCCCGUGCAGCACACCUCCACCGUCUACCUGCAGAUCCUCCGCCUGAAGCCGGUUACGGAGGAGGGCAGCCGCCACAUCCGUAUCCGAUCGCUCAAGAUCGACCUCAACUCCCGCCUGGGUCACUGGCAGAGCAUCGACUUCAAGCACGUCCUGCAGAAUUGGUUCAAGCAACCGCAGAACAACUGGGGCAUCGAGAUCAACGCCUUCGACCCCAACGGCAACGACCUGGCCGUCACCUCGCUGGGACCCGGCGCCGAAGGGCUGCACCCCUUCAUGGAGCUGCGGGUGCUGGAGAACAACAAGCGCUCGCGGCGCAACCUGGGGCUGGACUGCGACGAGCACUCGACCGAGUCGCGCUGCUGCCGCUACCCCCUCACCGUGGACUUCGAAGCCUUCGGCUGGGACUGGAUCAUCGCUCCCAAGAGGUACAAAGCCAACUACUGCUCGGGGCAGUGCGAGUACAUGUUCAUGCAGAAGUACCCCCACACCCACCUGGUGCAACAGGCCAACCCCCGGGGGUCGGCGGGGCCCUGCUGCACCCCCACCAAGAUGUCCCCCAUCAAUAUGCUUUACUUCAACGAUAAACAACAAAUCAUCUACGGCAAGAUCCCGGGAAUGGUGGUUGACAGAUGCGGAUGCUCCUAGAGUGCUGCCCCUCCACCCUGCGCCCCUCCCCCCCUCUCCACCUCUCUUUUUUUGUUUGUUUGUUUUUUCCCCCCCCAUUAUUUUUUUUGGGGGGGGGUGAUUUUGAAAAGACAAAGAACGAGCGUUGAGAUCCCUUCGGAUGGCGGGGAGGGGGGGAGAAAGAUGAAAACCCCGUGGAGAAACGCUGCACCAAACCCGCGCUUUGACAUGCGUUGUGCAAUAAAAGCACCCGGACGGAGAAGGGGAGGGGGCGGCCGGGACCCCCAGCGCCCACCACAUCCCCACGGUGGCACGGCAUGGCACGGUGACACAGUGACACAGUGACACGGCUUUUCACUGCGUGGCUCUGCCGCACCAGCUCAACAGCAACCAGGAGAGGAGGCGGCCGAGCGGACCCCACGUGUCCCCACGGGGAUGGGGGUGUCCCCACUCGCCCCAUGGCCAAGGUGACAUCCAAGGGCAGGUGGCCCCAUCCCCCAACAGCCAACGGGCGCUUUGCCGGAGUGAAGAUGGUGGGAUGUGGCAGCGGGACCCCCGGGAUGGGGGCUGCUGGGCCAUGCCAGCACCGGCGGUGGCUCUGGCCCGGGAGGAAACCGUCUCCCUUCUUUAAUUUAUUUAUUUAUUAAUCACCCUCCCGGCCGGCGCGGGAAGCCCCCCCCGCCUGCCCCCCCCCCCCCCGGUCCUUCCCUUCAUGCCGCCAGCGCCAUCCCGGUACCCACAACCAUCGCCACGGUGGGGAUGGCUUCAGCCCCCAGCACCUCGGGGACCGGCCGGUGGCCACCGGCACCGCCAGCAUCCUGCGGCACCCCUGGCCAUGGCUGGGGGGAGGGGACCGGAGCUGCCACCCAGCGCUUUGGAUCCAGCCCCGGUGCUGCCGGUAGGUUGGCAACGCUCGCCCCGGUGCUGCCACUGGGAUGGUGACCGUCACCCCGGUGCUGCCAUCAGGAUGGGACCCUCGCCCCGGUGCUGCCACUGGGAUGGUGACCGUCACCCCGGUGCUGCUGGCAGGAUGGUGACCCUCGCCCCGGUGCUGCCAUCAGGAUGGGACCCUCACCCCGGUGCUGCCAUCAGGAUGGGACCCUCGCCCCGGUGCUGCUGGCAGGACAGUGACCCUAGCCCUGGUGCUGCCAUCGGGAUGGGACCCUCGCCUCGGUGCUGUCACUGGGGAUGGUGACCGUCACCCCCGGUGCUGCUGGCAGGAUGGUGACCUUCAUCCCGGUGCUGCCAUCGGGGUGGGGACCCUCGCCCCGGUGAUGCGGCCAGUUGACGCCCCUCGCCCCAGCACUCAGCGCAGCCAGUGGCCCGGGGGUCCCCGCCGGUGAGCGGGUGGGCGGCCAAUGGCUCCGGGAGGCAGCACCGGGGCGAGGAUCCGUGGGAGGCUCCGGCGGGGGGGUGGGGGUGGGGAAUUCCGCUGACUCAGCAGCUUUGCCCCCCACCCCCCCGCCCUCGGCCUCGGCCUCGGGAUUAUUUUCGCGUGAGAACGGGCCCGCGCCGGCCCCAGCCCCCCCCCCCCGGCCCCGCUCCCACCGGGUGAUGCAACCGGGACCCGCCGGAGCCGGGGCUGGCGCCAGGCGGGGGUGGAGGCUCGGGGGGGGCGGUUCGGGGAGGCCCCCCGGCCCCAGCACUUAUCCCCCGGGUGCUGCCCCCAGCCCUUACCCGGCGGGGGGGGGCGGCGGGGAGCCCCCCGGUCCCGGCGCGUCCGCACCCCGCGUAGCACUUAGGGACG